AUGUCGACUGGCGGUGGUCAGAUCACAGACGCCUUGCUCGCCAAAUUGGCCGAGAAAAAAGUGCUCUAUGCUCGCCUCAAAGCCGACCAGGGGGAGCAAUUAGCCUUCAUUGAAGACCUCAAGAACAAGGUUGAUAUUGUGACACAAGAUGCGUUAGAAUCAAGUGCGAGUAGUGCACGUAACGCAAGGGGAUUAAGUGAUGCGAAAUCUAUUGGGCAAGUGAUAGAGGAAGUAGAGGGCAAGUUGGAAGCUCUUGAGGGAAGGAUACAGGAGAUUCAGGAAGAGAUUGAGGAAUUUGAAGAGCUACUUAAGGGAUAG